CGAUACAUCCGUCGUCACUUUUAUUUUGAAAGAUCACAUUUCCGGUUUAGACACGGAGACAAGAAGAACGCUUUCACUACAACCGCUAUUUUGCAUCGUUUUGGCGAUCACUUGAUUUAUUCCAGCCUUUAAGGUAAGACUGAUACAGGUGACACCAGUCAUCCGGAUUCACCAGCAGAUCUUCCACCUCAAGCUGAUCUCUUCAAUAUUGUAACAUUUAUACAAGCAGAACAAUUUUUCCUUAUCAACAUUUGACAGGUGAGCAGCAGCUGCCCCUGAAGGAGCUGAUUGUUUUUGAGGUCCUGCACAUAUUUGACAACUUUGGGACAUGUCUUACAAUCAACCAUACCGAAACCCAGCUGAUGAUUACAGCGCAAGCAGUGACAAGUACAAAGACUCGCAACGAAUUUAUCAACGGGAGUCUACCGCUUACAGGUCGCGAAUAAGGAGCGGGUCUCCAUCCUCAUCAGAACCUGUACUCUCGUCUGCUAAGGCUUUGUCUUUUCUGCACAGCUGUGGAUUGGAUGCUGAAGACCUUCAAACUCUUGCCCAGCUUCCUGAGCAUCUCAUCGCAGCCGAUACCCUUCCUGACCUUCUUGCGCAGAUCAAAAGUAAGAAAGCGUCCAACCCUUCUUCAUCUAGGUCCAGCGCGCUCCAAGCCAGUUCGUCAUCUCGCUCCUGGGACGACAGGAGCCACACACAGCUGGUUGAGUAUCCAUUGGAUUUGCCUGCGCGUCAGUCAUAUUCCAUUACUCGAGAGCCAAUUCCAACCUGGGACGACCGCUGGGAAAAUGCCCAACAAACAAGCGCUCCAACAUGCACGUACACCAGUUCUGACUCGAACUACGUGGUUGAAUACAACCAUCUAAAAGACAAACCGUCUUACUUUGACAAAGCGUCUCAUGCCACAGAACCAUCGAGGCAGAAAACAUCCGUCGUCCCGCAGUCUUACUCUAGCCACAGCAGAGACGUUAGUCAAUCCUCGCAUUUGUCCAGCAGAGACGUCAGCCAGUCCUCUCAUCUGUCCACUAGAGAUGCAAGUCAAUCCUCCCAUCGCUCUAGCAGAGAUGUCAGUCAAUCCUCUUAUCUGUCCAAUAGAGACGUCAGUCAGUCCUCGCAUCGCUCUAGCAGAGACGUCAGUCACUCCUCACAUCUGUCUGGGAGAGACAUUGGUCAGACCUCACAUCUGUCCGGAAGAGACAUUGGCCAGUCGUCACACCUGUCCGGAAGAGACAUUGGCCAGUCGUCACAUCUUUCCGGAAGAGACAUGGGCCAGCCCUCAUAUCUGUCCAGUAGAGACAUUGGCCAGCCCUCAUAUCUGUCCAGUAGAGACAUUGGCCAGUCCUCACAUCUGUUUAGCAGAGACACCGCUCCAUCCUCGCUCCUGUCCAACAGAGGCAUCGCUCCACCGAAUCUCCUGUCCAGCAGAGACGUCGGUCUGCCCUCGCUCCUGUCCAUCAGAGACCUUGCUCCACCCUCACACCUGGCCGGCAGUGACAUUGGUCAAUCUUCACACCAACGGAGGACCGAGUCAGCUCCUAGAGUGCCCACCAGGAAGGAGGCGUCAGAUUUCCACGGGAAAGUUCCUCCAGUAUUUCCCUACGCAUGUGUGCUCUGCGAAAUCACUGUCCUCUCUAACAAGGACUGGUCUUUGCAUAUAAAAGGAGCCCAACAUGCUAAUAGUCAACUUAGUCUUGUGGAAAAAUAUCCAGCGUGGGAUCAGACAAUCCAAUCUGCUCGAAGAAAUGAGGUCCUUCCUGAUCGACACACGUCCAGAACAACACAGGAACGAGGUGGAUCCUCGAACAGUAGAAAUGUAUCGUCAGGGAGCAAAAGUGCAGUGUCGAGCAGUAAAAGUCAAACAUCAAGCAGCCAGAAGAGCAAUAAGACUGAAGCAACAACGAAGUGCAAAGUGGUGUGUGUCAAGUUUGAAGUGGAUGAUGUGGAUGAAGCUUACCUGAAAAAAUUGCUUGGCCAAUUUGGGGCGAUUGUCAAAAUUAUCAUGUUACCUAGAAUGGCUUUUGUGAAUAUGGGAACAGCAGGCCAGGCAGAGGAUAUAGUAAAAUAUUUCUACCAAAACCCUUUGAGGAUCAGAGGAGAACUGAUUGUAUUUACUCUGUCUGCAGCAUUCAAUUUCCUACAGACUUCUCGUGUAGUGAGCUUUUCACCAUUACCUUCUGGUGAUGGCAUACGCUCGGAGUUGACGGCCAUUGCUAAGCGUUUCGGAUCCGUAAAAAAUUCUCUGUUUCUCCCAGGCCGGGGUUAUGUGGAGAUGAGUAGUGCAGAAGAGGCUGACAAAUUGGUGGAGCACUAUUCAACCCAAUCUCUUAAAAUAAAAGGAAAAACCAUUACCGUUUGCUCCUCAACUGAGUACCAGACGCUUGAUACGACGGAUGCUGACGAAGAAAAGUCACCAGUUUCUUAUAGCAGCAGGAAAAGACGGAGGAGUUGCAGCCCAAGGAGGAGAUCCCACAGAGACUCUCCCAGCCCCAAACGAAGAGCCUCUGAAGAGAGGUCCAGGUCUCGCAGGAGUCAAGACUCUAAGAGACGAGAAGAAAGUGGACGCUCACGGGAGAGAACCAAAGAGAGCUCUAGACGGGACAGCUCAUCCAAAUCCCGUUCUAAAAGAAGCUCUCCUUCGAAAGACCAGACGCAAAAAACCAAAACAGAGGAUGGUGUGAAGAAGACCGUUGAAGGCGAUAACAAUCAGUCUGACGUCAAGGCUGAUGAUAGUGAUCUUGAAGGAGUGGCAGUUAUCGCAGAUGAUGGUGAGGCACUGAAUUCAGAAGAUGAGCUCACGGUAGAUGAAGAUGUGGAUGAUGAGGCGCAUCAAACCUCAGAUGAACAGGAACCGGAUGCAUCUGAACAUGGCCAAGCUGUGAACAAGUCAGAUGAUCAUACCAAACUUUCAGACAUGGGCACAUUGAGCAUAAAGCCAGAGAUCUCAGAGUGUGUACCAACUGCUACUACUUCGGAAGGAUCGAGCGAUUGUAAGGAAGCCCAAGAGCUUCAACAAGGAGAGCAAAAAGAGCCUCAAGAAAAGAAAGAAGUGCUUCAACAAGGAGAGCAAAAUGAGCUUCAACAAGGAGAAAAAAGCGAACAACAAGGGGAGCAAAAAGACAAUACAGUGGAGAUGGAGGAGGCGGCAGAUUUUUCAGAGAAUCUAGACAAGGAGGGAGUGUUGACAGGAAAAGAUGAUGAAAUGGAGAUCUCGAUUUCAAGCACUGAGGAACAGUUUGGCAAAGUUCUUGAGGUGGCAGGUUUUCCAGUGGCUAAAAAAUACAGUGAAGCAGAUUUGAUGAAAAUUGGGGAAAAAUACGGAGAAGUGGCAAACUGCUGUCUGGUUCGCAGCAGUCGAAAGGUGGAGAAGGCAUUAAUUGAGAUGGUGAAUGCUGCCGAUGCUGCAAAACUCGAAGCCGAGUGUAAAAAGCAACACAUUAAGCUAGGUGGCAGAAACUUGAGGAUAACCGUGUCAAAGAAAUACAGCCAACUGAACGAGGGGCAAAGUGUUGACGCUGACUCAGAGAAAGUUAAGGAAGAUACUGAAGAGAACAAUAAGGAGCCGUCAAGCACACUGGCUUCCUGUGAGGAGAGUCCAGGAGUGAUGGCUGAGAUCUCUGAAGAAGGUGCCGAGGCUCAGGAAGCAAAGGAAACCAACAUGGACACAAUCGUGCAGACGUCUAGUGAUGAGGAGGAAGGGUAUGGCAGAGUUCUCCGGAUCAGAAACCUUCCAAUGCCUGAUGAGUACACGGAUGCAGAAUUUCUGAACAUCGCAGAACCGUAUGGUAAAGUAGUGCGCCAUUGGAUGUCUCGCCUUCAUCGAACGGGACUGAUUGAAAUGAAAAAUGCCUCUGAUGCUGAAAAGGUUGUAGCUGCGGCCAACAUGAAUAAAAUUACAGUUGCUGGAAUACAUCCCAAGAUUUUAGUGUCUACCAAGCAUGCUCAUUUAAAUAAAAGGGACUUUCUACAUGGACCUAGUGAGGGUUCUGUACACCCAUCUUCUGAUUUCGAGGAGGAAAAUUAUGAAUCUGAGACACAAAACACUAUUUCUGAGCAGCAGGCGUCUGUCCAGACAUCUGUGAAUGUCGAGGAGUCUUCGAAUGAUAAUCAAGAUGACAACUCAAAGGGAGAUGAGAAGCAGGUUUCUGCAGCUGAUGAUGGAAGUGUAACAAAGGUGGAAAAUUCAGACGCUGUGUCAGAGAAGCAAACACCUGUGAUGGAUCCAGUGGGCACAGAGUUCGUUCGGCCCGUGGUGGGUUACUUCUGUAGCUUGUGUAAUACCAUUUAUGCCAGUGAGGAAGAGGCCAAGAACGAACACUGCAGGACCCCAAUGCAUCAUCAAAAGCUGAAGGAGCACAAAGAGCGUUCAACAUAAACCAUGUGAUGAAUCAAGAAAAUCCACAAAUCAUUCGUGGACUCUCACGAUGAUGACAUACUGUAGCUAAUUCACAUCGUAAUAUAUGUUUAGUCGUUAAGAGAUUUAGUACUAAUGCAUUUUUUAUUUUAUUGUUGUUGCAUGUUUGUUCUGUUGUCCUUUUAUUUCAUGAGUGGUUUUAUCUAGUGAUCAAUAGAAAACUUUCAUGUUUUCUUCAAAAAGCAUGUGUUUUCUAGCACUGUACUGUAAAACAGAAUGCCAUAAAAUCAUUCCCGUUCAAAUAAAGACCUGUACAGUUAUCAAA